AUGGGCUUUUACCCUAUUGAGCCGUCGGAAAUGAGCGGCGAGACACCCAGACACCGAAGCAACCUCAGUUGGGCGGCGAGCAGUGGAAGAGGCUGGCGGCCUGCCCGCCUGAUUGAUCCUGGCCACUGGCCCUGCAGGCAGGAUGCGCCGUUUGCCGUUCGCAUCGCCACAGGACAUGUCGGUAUGCUGCCGGUCUCUCUCGCUUUUGCACUUGUUCCCAUCAUGUGCGACCCCUGCGGCCCACAGUCUGCCCGCCAUCCCAGCAUGAUCUGGAAGCCUCAGGGCCUCCAGCCAACCGUAGCGAGCCCUUGGCUAGAGUCCCGCCCGGGAUACCGCGCCUCCGGGCCUCUCUUAACCCAGCUUUGGCCAGUGGUUCUUCCUCUAGCUUCCUAA